AUGUUGUUGGGAGCAGAACCUUUAGGCACAAGAUCCAUGGUAGCCGUCAACAUAUUACAACAGACAAGAAAUAUAUCACGAAGAAGAAUAGCAUACCCAUUCUAUCCCUUCAAGAGAUUAACAAAACAGAAUCCCAAAAAACAUGAUACCAAUUUGAAAUAUGCGAUGAGGCAGUUUUUAGGACCCAAGAACUAUAAAGGAGAAUACGUCAUGAAUAAAUACUUCAGCGUUCCCAGGAAUCAUGUCCCAAAUUAUAUUAAGCCUAACGUUGAAAGAGGUCAAACUUUAAUCAAUCCAAUCACAGGUAAGACAGUGAUACAAAACACAAAUGGUAAAUUUAUUGAGAUUCCUCAACAAGAACAAUAUGAUGGAAGAGGCAAUAAUCCGAAUUUCCGUUUUAAUCCUGAUAAAGAAUUACAACCAUUCCCCUCGAAUCCUCAUUGUAAGACGAACUAUAUCAUAUCAGAUGAAUUGAAAGGUGAGAUAGUGAAUAUGAUCUCCAACGAUGGUUUUUCCACACAACAAGUGUCUCAAAAACUAGGUAUAAAAAUUCCAAGAAUCGAAGCUAUAUUAAAGUUGAGUCAAAUCGAAAAAAAAUGGGAAGCACAAAAUAGGAUCAAUUCAAAUUUAAAGGAGUUUUCAAAUACAAUGUUUAAUAUGUUCCCCAUUUUCAAACCAGAAAUUAAGAGGGAAAAUUUGAGUGAAAUCCCUGUCCCUGAAAAGACGUUGUCUUCCAGAUUCGUUACAUUAUCUGAAUCUGAACCAUUUGGUCCUGUAGAUGCUGCUGAAUUAUUAGAAUUAGAACCUGCCGUGAAGACAUUGGAACAGUUAGCUACUACGGGCGAACAUUCUCAAGGCCAUUUAGAAGUCUUACAGAAUAAAAAACUUAAUAAUAAGAAAAGAAUUGUAUUGGGAGAAGUUAGAGAAGGUGAUAGAUCAGUUUUCAAAUUCGUUGAUUCUAAAGUGGGGCAAGUUGGGUUUAGAUAUGGUGCUGGUAACAGAGAUAGUAAGAAGGAUCGUAAGGUUGGAUUCAACGAAGCAGGACAAAUGGUUUAUAUAUGA